AUGGCGGGGAAACAACCUGGGGUAUGGAAGAAGCCCUUGACUCUCAAUAACGACACCAAUGACUCAAGCUUCCCCGGUCUCCAACCUACUGCGAGCCCGGAGGUCAACAACAAAAUCGAAUAUGAAGAACUACAGCAGAACGAGCUUCUCGCCCUCGAGGCCAUUUAUGGCGAUGACUUUGUUAUGCAUUCGGGAACCCAAAGCGCUUGGAAGAAAACCGAACCACAUUUUGACAUACGGAUAAAAGCAUCGAAAGAUGAAGACUUUGCUUGCACGCUGAGCUUUGUUAUGACUGCAACCUACCCGAAAUCACCACCUCUCGUCACAUUGAAGAACUAUGACUUUAAGGAAGUCACACAGUUCAAGAUCCAAAAGUUCUUGGAGACAAAACCCAAAAUAUUUGCGCAAGAUGCACAGGAAAUGAUCGACCAGAUUGUUGAAGGAGUAAGGGACAUCCUCGAGGAUGCUGCGCAAGCAAAGGCAGAUGGCAAACACCUACCGUCCCUCGAGGAAGAAAGAGAACGCCACGAAGCUUACAUGGCAAAGCUAGCGCAGGAGAAGAAGGAAGCUGAAGAACGCAAGAAGAUGGAAGAGGCCCAGGAAGAGGAGCGUGUCAUGGCCGAGAUGCUUCAACAACAAAUCGACCGACAGAAACAGAAGGCCAAGGAGUCGAAGCGUCGUCCUAACGGCAACACCCCUCAGGAACUCAGUGCCAGUACAGAGACAGACGAGGUGAUCGAGUUUGAUCAGUUCUGCGAUGCUACGGACAAGUCGGGAAAUAGCAUUGUCUUCAAAGCUGUUGCAGGCAAAUGCGAUCCACGACAAGGCCCCGUGUCUGUCGUUUAUACAGUCAGACCUGUUCUGGCUAAUGGACAAGGUAGCUUGACUAUGGCUUUGAAAGAGACCAUCUUGCGUACCACAAACAAGGACUCUAAGGAGUUCAAACAUCAACUCCAGAGUCUAGAAUCUCGCCUUCAGGAUCUUAAGACUGUAAAACGAGUUCAUCACCGCCAUCUCGUUGAUAUUUUAGACUUCAGAGUCCAGGCGGGACUUGCUACGGAUCCUCAUGUCGCAAAUGCAUGGACCAUAAGUAUCUUAUCACCACUGGCAGAGAAAGGUCCUUUAGAGGAGUUGUUGGAGCUUGCAGGACAGAUUGAGAUUGGCAAAGUGCGUUCUUGGACGCGGGACCUGCUAGAUGCACUCAACUUCCUCCACAACAAGAAUAUUGCUCACCAAGAUAUUCACUCGGGGAAUAUUCUUCUGUUCAGAGAAGCUACAGGUGAAAUUAUUCCUAAGAUUUCUGAUGCUUGGUACCAGAGAGAAAUCCACUCCAUCAACUCUCACAAACUGGGACUUCCUGGAUUACAUACUGCGAAGUCUGCCUACUGGCUUCCUCCAGAAAUCGCCAGCGUAUCAAAGCCUCAGUAUACUUUCAAGACUGAUAUCUGGGACUUUGGUGUUGUAUUUGUCCAAAUGAUCUUUGGCCUCGACGUGCUACGAACGUACUCGUCACCCAAGAACCUGAUGGAAUCAGUCACCCUUUCGCAUUCUUUACACGAAUUGGUGAGUAGAUUUUUUAGGGAGGACAAACAGAAAAGACCCAGGGCUUUCGAGCUUGGAUCCAGCGAGUUCUUGGCCACGGAUGCACCGGUUCUUUUCGAUGAUUCAUCCGCCAUCCUGUCAAGCAGCCCUGCGACUUCAUUGCAGCCCAUUCCAAGAUUUCGGCGCGAUUCAACCAACCAUCGAGGACCUUCUCUGUCACGAUACACCGAGGACUUUGUUGAAGAAGGCAGAUUGGGAAAGGGGGGCUUUGGAGAAGUUGUCAAAGCGAGGAAGAAACUUGACGGACAGAUCUAUGCCAUCAAGAAGAUCACACAGCGAUCACAGUCCAGCCUUACAGAAAUCUUGAAAGAGGUUCGAUUGCUGUCUCAGCUCAGCCAUCCUGCUGUUGUUCGAUAUUACAACACAUGGGUUGAGGAAAUCUCUGACCAGGGCGAUGCCGAGGACGACACGUCAACCGGUUACAUCACAGAGGAAAACACCCAAGGUACGGAGUCUGCUGGUAUUGAUAUCCAAUUCGGCACUAGUACAGGAGGUCUCGAUUUCAUAUCAUCCAACGCCGGUGUAGACUAUGGAUUCGAAGACUCGGAGUCGGAUUCGGACGAAGAUGAAGAUGAAGAUGAUUCGGACGAAGGAGAGGACGACGACGACGAGGAAGAGGAGGGCGAAGAAGAGGACACAACAGACUCUGAUGACGAGUCGUUGGAUGAAAUGUCUAUCCAUCGUGUUGUGUCUCCAGAUAAAGAAAGGAAUGCCAUGUUCCAGCGACGAUCUAAAUAUCAACGGUCGUACCGAACCAUACUCUACAUUUCCAUGGAGUAUUGUGAAAAACGAACACUUCGUGAUCUUAUCACUAGGAACCUGUACAAGAACACGGCAGAGAUUUGGCGCCUUUUCCGUCAAAUCCUCGAAGGGCUGGCUCAUAUCCAUGGAUUAAGCAUUGUUCAUCGUGAUCUCAAGCCGGAAAACAUAUUCAUCGGCAGUAGUUCGGAUGGGAUUGACAAUGUCAAGAUUGGUGAUUUUGGACUUGCCACCAGUGGACAGUUCUCGGUUGAGAAGACUAUCACUUCGAACACCCUGGAAACAGACGACAUGACGAGAAGUAUCGGCACGGCCUACUAUUCAGCACCUGAAGUCAGAUCGACUGUGAAUGGUAUAUAUAGCACAAAAGUCGAUAUGUAUUCCCUAGGUAUUAUCUUCUUCGAAAUGUGCUACUUGCCCAUGAUGGGCAUGCAAAAGGCCGAUGUCCUUGGUCAGCUUAGACAGCCGCAGCCAGUGUUGCCAUCAGACUUUAAGCCCGCGGAGAAAGCCCAGACCGAUAUUGUGUUGUCCUUGGUGAAUCACAAUCCUAAAGAAAGACCUUCGAGUACCGAUCUCUUAAAGAGCGGCAAGCUGCCGGUUCAGAUGGAAAGCGAGACAAUCAGGCGCACUCUGGCAGGACUUGCAGACCCCAGCUCUCCUUACUAUCGCAAGAUGCUUUCGACGCUUUUUGCGAAACGCAUGGAACCUACCAAGAACUAUGCCUGGGAUAUGUCUUCGGCGAACAUGAGUCCGCAGGAAUUGCUUAAUCAGGGCUUGGCAAAGCAGGAGUUGAUCUCCAUCUUCCGUCGCCAUGGCGCUUUGGAAACCCCUCGCGGCAUCAUUUAUCCAAGGUCUUCUCACUAUGGCGAUAAUGCCGUUCAACUUUUGGAUCCUAAUGGGAAUGUGCUCCAACUACCAUAUGACCUGACUCUUGGAAAUGCGAGAAUGAUGGCGAAGCAAACCAACGGACCAGUUGUUCAGCGAACGUUUACUUUUGGCAACGUGUUCCGUGAUAAGCAGGAUACGGGACAGCCGCUUAUGUUUGGAGAAGUCGAUUUUGAUAUUGUCACCACGGAUACACUUGACCUUGCUCUCAAAGAAGCAGAGGUUCUCAAAGUGAUUGAUGAAAUCAUUCACACGUUCCCUUCACUGUCCACAACAGCCAUGUGCUUCCAUCUUGGACACUCGGAUCUUUUGCAUCUUAUCUUUGAGCAUUGCGGUAUCGAGCCCGCCAGUCGGCGCGGAACAGCAGAUGUCUUGAGUAAGCUGAACAUUCACAAUUACACCUGGCAGAAAAUUAGGAUUGAACUGCGGUCGCCAACUGUAGGUGUCUCAGCUACAAGUGUGGAUGAACUUCAGAAGUUCGAUUUUAGAGACACCCCCAAUAAGACAUUUGCCAAGCUCAAGACUCUUUUUGAGGGCAGCGAGAUGUACCAGCGAGCCUCGCCGACCAUCGCUCAUCUCAAAGAAGUUGUUGAGUAUUGUAAGCGCUUCAGUGUGGGAACUAAGAUCUACAUCAAUCCUCUCAACAGUCUGAAGGAGGCCUUCUACACCGGAGGUGUCCUUUUCUCUUGCCUGUACGACAAAAAGGUCAAGGAAGUUUUCGCUGCUGGUGGCAGAUAUGAUCAGUUGAUCAAGGAGCAUCGACCGAGAGUUGGGGGUCAGUUUGGAGAGAGGCACGCUGUUGGAUUCAGUUUGGCAUGGGAGCGACUGGCAAAGCCUCCCAAAACUGGGGGGCGCUCGUUCUUGAAGAAAUCCGAGGACGAAACAAAUGGCUCAUUCAACACUCGACGAUGUGACUGUCUUGUUGCCAGUUUCGAUGCUGCUGUGCUGAGAUCGUCGGGCGUUGAGAUACUCCAGACUCUCUGGGCGCACGACAUUAGCGCUGAGAUGGCCAAAGAUGCUAGAUCGCCUGAAGACUUGUUGUCGAAACAUCGUGACGAAACGUAUUCCUGGAUCAUCAUUAUCAAACAGGAUGCAAUCUUGAAGAUCAAGAGUAUGGGACGAAAGGAUGUCCCGGAUGCAGACAUACCAACAACACAGCUGCUUUCUUGGCUUCGUAACGAGAUUCGAGAACGCGAUUCACGAUCAGUGGUCAAACUCCGUGGCAACAGUUCGGCGGACACCCACUCGGGCGACAAAGAUUCUGAGCAGGAAGUUCUUGUACUGGUGGCACAAACGCGGAGUAAAAAGUUCAACCGUAGAACGGUUGUGGAACAAGCCCAAGUCAGUGCGAACAGUUUGGUGCGAUCGUUCCUAGAAGGACCAGUGUUGGCUAUUGAGACAACCGACCAGGUUAUGGACCUGAUGCGCGAGACAUGUCUCUCAGAGCCAGAUGGAUGGCGACAAGUCGAACAUUCAGUGACGACUACGGAGAAGAAGUACAUACGCGAGAUCCACGACCAGUUGGAUACUUUGAGAUACAAAUAUCUGAAGAAGAACGGGUCGAGGCACGCGUUCCUCUACAACUUUCGCUCCGGCAACUGCGUCUAUUACGAUCUGGGUGCUUGA